CCAAUAUGAAAUCAUCUUUUUUCUUUUCUCAGCCAGUCUCCCUCCAUUUCCAAACCCUGUAAAAGGAAAAAAUCCCAAACCAUAGUCUCCUCCGCCCAAAACCCUAACCCUAAUGGGGCGAGUCAUCAGAGCCCAGCGUAAAGGGGCCGGGUCCGUUUUCAAAUCCCACACCCACCACCGCAAGGGUCCGGCCCGAUUCCGUUCCCUGGACUUCGGCGAGCGCAAUGGCUACCUCAAGGGCGUCGUGACGGAGAUCAUCCACGACCCGGGCCGAGGCGCCCCACUCGCCCGAGUCACCUUCCGCCAUCCGUUCCGAUACAAGCACCAGAAGGAGCUGUUCGUCGCGGCGGAGGGGAUGUAUACGGGGCAGUUCGUGUAUUGCGGGAAGAAGGCGAAUCUGAUGGUUGGGAACGUCCUCCCUAUCAGAUCGAUUCCUGAGGGCGCGGUCGUCUGCAACGUCGAGCACCACGUCGGAGAUCGAGGCGUCUUCGCCAGGGCCUCUGGUGAUUACGCCAUCGUCAUCAGCCACAACCCUGAUAAUGGAACUUCAAGGAUCAAGCUUCCCUCUGGAGCGAAGAAGAUCGUGCCAAGUGGGUGCCGUGCGAUGGUUGGCCAGGUCGCAGGUGGCGGCCGUACAGAGAAGCCUCUUCUCAAGGCAGGAAAUGCUUAUCAUAAGUACCGGGUGAAGCGGAAUUGCUGGCCCAAGGUUCGUGGUGUUGCCAUGAACCCUGUUGAGCAUCCCCAUGGUGGUGGUAACCACCAGCACAUCGGGCAUGCCAGCACUGUCCGUCGCGAUGCUCCGCCUGGCCAGAAGGUUGGUCUUAUCGCAGCCAGAAGGACCGGUCGUCUACGAGGCCAAGCUGCUGCAACGGCUGCCAAAGCAGAGAAGGGGGCUUAGUGAGUUCACAUACUCUUCCCAAAUUUUGACUAUGUCAUUUGUGUUUGGUUUGGAGACAUCCGUUUCUUUUUCUUUUUUCCAUUUCAAGUACUGAAGGAAGUUUUGUUUUGAGGUUAGGAGUAAGGUCUGGUCAUCACGUUUGUGUGAACUCAUGACUGUUUUCUUUCUCAUGCGGAUUAUUAUUGAUA